CUCUCGCCGACUCACAUGUGGUAUGUUUUCUAGGCGAAUCGGGAUCUACUGUCUGUGAGCGGACCAUGGUUAACCUUGUCAUGUAACUUAAACAUACACGGACAUAUAGUAAAUAUGUAUACAUUGUUACAGUUGUCUUUAUGGCAGAUGAGAAGUUUACGACGCUUCUGUAUGGUGAGACGGUCUUUUUCUGGUAGAGUCAAAUGGAGCGCAUCGCUUUCCCCUAGUUUGGAGCCGCAGCAGUACGUCUCAACCUCAGCAGCCACGUCUCUGCGAUGGACAGCACUCUGUCUCAGGUCUGAAAAGAAUGGGAUCUCUAACUCCAGAUGCUACCAAACCGGUCGAGGGGAAAAGGCUAUAACGGCAGAACCGGACAACGAAGGAACCGUCCGGUUGGCCUUUGUGGAUCCAGACAGAGAGGAAGAGUUUGUUUUCCUCGAGCAAGACGAGUCCGAAGACCUCGGAGACUCGCUCCCAAAUCAUCUGCGCAUCACGGACACCAUGAUAACCAAAGAUAAAGCGCCAGUAAAGUCGGACUCUGAUUCCCCUCGCGGGGCCCUUGAGCAGCAAGCGCGUGCCCUCGCUGGGUUGAAAGUCAAAGCGGACGAGUCGCUCAUCGAGUUUCACGACGUCGGGUUUCUGGUGGAGGAGAUCUCGAAGUCUCGGCAGAAGAGACGCAAGGAACAGAAGGUCUACGGCUCGCCAGACCCAGACCAGCCGGCCAGCGACACGCCUUGCUCUGGCUGCGGAGCCCUCAUGCACUGUGCGGACCCCGACAUCCCCGGCUACAUAGCCAGCGAGAAAUACGCGCGUCUGGUGGAUGAAGGUGCGCUCUCUAAAGCGACAUGCCAGCGUUGUUACCUGCUCACGAACCACCAGAAAGCGCUGAAUGUCACCAUGUCCAAGGAGGAGUACCGGGACAUCGUGCGCACGAUAAAACCACAGAAAGCUCUGGUUCUCCUGAUCGUGGACCUCCUGGACCUCCCCGACUCCAUAGUCCCGGACCUACCGGAGCUCGUGGGACGCAACAAACACAUAUUGAUCCUGGGGAACAAAGUGGAUCUCCUCCCGGGUGAUUCGCAGAACUACUUAUCGCGGAUCAAGAAGCGACUGGUGCAGUAUUGCGCAGAGGCGGGGGUCCCUGCUGGAGACGCGACAGACGUUCACCUGAUCAGCGCCAAGACCGGCUAUGGCAUCGAGAAGCUCGUGUCCAGACUUCAGCUGCUGUGGCGCUACAAGGGGGACGUGUACCUCGUGGGCACCGCCAACGCCGGGAAGUCCACGCUCUUCAACACGCUCCUGGAGUCCGACUACUGCAAGUCUCGCGCUUCUGAAGCCAUUCGCAAGGCUACUAUUUCCCCCUGGCCUGGCACUACUCUGAACCUGCUGAAGUUCCCCAUCAUUAACCCGACUGCGCACCGCGUGGAGCGUCGUCAGGAGCGCCUGCGUGUGGCGUCUGUGCAGACCCUGGACGAGCUGCAGCCGGAGGAACAGCACAGGCUCCACAAGCUCAGCAGACACGCCUACCUCGUGGGACGUGUGGGAAGGACAUUCCGCGUGGAACCACGUAAACAGAAGGAGUUGACCUUUGACCCAGACCAGGAGAGCUAUGGGCCGGAGGUAGAGGAGGAGGAGGGCGGCCGAGCCAAUCAGAAGGCUGCAACUGAAGAGCUGAGCUACAAUGAGAUCAAAGACGCCCACUGGUUCUAUGAUACGCCCGGCAUCACGAAGGACAAAGACAUCCUGAGUGUGUUGUCGGAGCGGGAAGUGAAGCAGGUGGUCCCGACCGAGGCCAUUACACCGCGCACCUUCAUCCUGCCCCCUGCCACCUGCCUCUUCCUCGGGGGUCUGGCGCGCAUCGACUACCUGGAGGGGACUCACUCGUGCUGGUUCUCAGUACUGGCGUCUUCCAGAAUUCCUGUUCAUGUGACCACUCUGGAGAAAGCAGAUGGCAUCUACCAGAAGCACGCUGGCAGAGAGCUACUCAAGGUCCCUAUGGGAGGUGAAGAGCGUAUGAGGGAGUUCCCGCCUCUUGUUCCCCAGGACUUUGAGCUGAUUGGUGAAGGUCCUGACACCGCUGUCUGUGACAUCAAGCUGUCAUCAGCAGGGUGGGUGGCGGUGACAGGGCGGGAGGGUGACCGUCUCCGCCUGCGAUGUCACGCCCCAGAGGCUGCUGGGAUGCAUCUGCGCACGCCUCCGCUGCUGCCGCACAUCGCCAUGGUGAGGGGGCAGCGGAUCAAGAAGUCGCCGGCGUACAAACCCUGUCGCCCCCCCACACAGCUGGACACCAGCCUCGCCCAACGCAAGGCCAAGAAGAAGAGUUGAGGAGCUGCGUGUGUGUGUGUGCGAAAAGACGAAGGGCUUAUUAUGUGUACGGUGGUUCCGGAGCAUGUUGAUGAUCUCUGUAGCGGCCAUGUUGGGUCAGCUCGUUUAAUCUGCUGGCCAGACACCGAACACACGCGACUGCUCAGCUGAGCUGUUCAUGAAGAUCAACACACUAUGCAGCCAUCCAGAAACUGGCCUGUGUCUGGCGUGUGCGUGCGUGUGUGUGUGUCUAUGUGCUCUGAUGAUGUGGGAAGCUGGAUGGGCAGAUCUAACCUCUUAAUCGCUCACUGUAUUAUUUAUACUGUAAAUAAAUGUAUAUCUUUUUUGUGAAAA